ACUGUCAAACUCAAGCGACAGCCUUCUGCGAUAUAUGGCAGAAGGUAUAAAAUAAUUCUUUUGACAAACAUAAAUAAAUACAUUAAAUUUUUAUUGUCUUAACAUAAAAACAUGUCAAAAACAGUUAUUAAACUUAUAGGACGGAAAACAGAUUUUCGUGGCGAGUCACUUUGGGAUGUACUAUCUAAUUUGCGCAAUUUCGGCGUUGGCCGUCUAGUGAUACGUAACAUGUUUCAGCGUUAUCCGGAACCAUGCUAUUACAAAAUACUUAAUGUUGAAGCUUUUCCAGCUCCAACUAAUCCACAUGAACCACGUAAAUCAAUAGUAACUGUAGAAAAAACCUGGCGUGGUGUUACUUCUCCAAAACCCGUAACAAUAUUUAGUACUAGUUACAAAUGUGACUACGAACUUGUGCCAAAGGAAGAAGAGGAAAAAUAUUUAAAUAAUUCUAAAAAGAUUGAAGAAAAAAUAUUACCAAAUAAAAUAGACAUGCCCCCACUACUGCGAGAAUUUGUCACACAAGAAACUGGAGAAAAGAAUCCAAUGCUAAAGCUGCACUUCAAAAAAACACAUAACAAAUUUGUACGCGUGGCAGAAGAAGGUGAAAAACCGAAUGUGCAAAUAUCGAUGGGUAUUGGUAAACCAAAAAGUAGUUUAUAUGAAGGUGUUUUAUAAACAACAAUUUACAAUAAUUUACACAAUAAAUUUAUUUCAAAAAUAAAUAUAAUUGUUAUAGAAUGUAUCGUUACUGUAUGU